AAAAUAAGGAAAAAGAAAAUUCAAAAGAAAACCUCGAACCGGAGAUUCUCUGUGUUUCGAACAAAACUAAAAGGGCCACCGAAUUCAGAAAAAAGCCUUUACAACUGCCAGAUUUAUUACAUCUAUAGAGAAAUUCGCGGCGCUUUGAGAGAUUUCAGUGGAACUCUGUAGCUUGAAACUGAAAAUUCGAUUUUAUGGCAAGGAUCAAGCCGCAAACUUUGCUUCAACAAAGCAAAAAGAAGAAAGGGCCUUCGCGGAUUAGUCUUACAACAAUUCUCGCAUGCAGCUUGAUUGUUGCUUUGUUUGUGUUUUUCCUGCAUACCACAUACAGACAUUGGUCUCAUAGGUCAAAAUUACAAUCAAAGAAUGGGUUUUCAGGUUCUGAGACCGAAGUCUCUCUGUUGGAAACAAAAAAAUCAGAUCUACCUGGAUAUGCUGUUUUCAGUACUUCAAAGGGCACAAUAGUUGUGGAACUUUACAAAGAUAGUGCCCCUGAAGUCGUUGAUGAGUUUAUUGAUUUAUGUCAAAAGAAUCGAUUUAGUGGAAUGCUGUUUCACCAUGUGGUAAAACACUAUUCUAUUCAAGUGGGCAAUAGCCAAGAUCUUGGGGUCGCAGAAGAUUGGAUUCUGGGAGGAAAGCAUCAUAGUCAGCCUGAUGCAAGUUUAAAACAUGACGCCUUUUUAGUCGGGACCCCAAGGGGGAAACCUAAGGACAAAGGAUUUGAGAUUUUCAUUACAACUGCACCAAUUCCAGAUCUCAACGAGAAGCUGAUCAUCUUCGGGCAAGUAAUCAAGGGAGAACACGUUGUACAGGAGAUUGAAGAGGUGGACACGGACGAGCAUUAUCGACCCAAAUCUACAAUCAAAAUAAACAACAUAACCCUGAGAAUGAAAAUAUGAAAGGCUGCCUUGAACAUUGGAGAGCAUUUGGCAUCAUGGGCUCCUACCUUUCAAUGUUACCUGGGCUGGGAGGGAGAAGAGCUUAUCAAAUUCCUCUUUCUUUUGUGUAAUAUGCUUUAUUUGGGGACUUGAUUUGGUAACUUGUUUUAUAAACUUUGAAAUGUUAUACUCAGUAGGUUCUUGGAUUUUUUAGUGGCCAUCGGAAUUCAAUUAGGGAGAUUCUUUUCAGCUCUCUUUGGUGGGCAUUACAUUGGCGAAUGGAUAUCAAUUGAUAUAUCAAAACUUCAUAGAUUCAUUAUUGGAAUUUGUUGUGAAUGAUGCCCAUUGUAAAUGAACUUUAAAAUUAUAGUAACCUAUCGGAUGAUCAGUGAGAUGAGAUGGAACUUUUGAACU